UUGAAAAGUUAUAUUCUCUCUCCUUUCCAUUCUCUUUCUCUCUCUAUAUGCUUAAAGUUAGUUACCUCAAACUCUCCCAUGGCGGCCUCCAUCAUCAAGAGCAAUAGUAGAAUCUCUCUAGCAAUGGAGCGAACUGGCCAAUGGGUUUUCUCUCAGGAAAUUCCAACAGAUGUCGUCGUUGAAGUUGGAGAAGCUAAUUUCGCUCUUCAUAAGUUUAUGCUAGUUGCUAAGAGCAAUUACAUAAGGAAAUUAAUAAUGGAUUCAAAAGAACCAGAUCUGGAACGAAUCGAUUUAUCUUAUAUUCCAGGAGGACCUGAGAUCUUUGAAAAGGCAGCUAAAUUCUGUUAUGGCGUCAAUUUCGAGAUAACUGUUCAUAAUGUUGCCGCACUUCGUUGUGCUGCUGAUUAUCUUCAGAUGACUGAUAAAUAUUGUGACGGAAAUCUCGCCGGCCGGACUGAAGAUUUUCUUUCUCAAGUUGCUCUUACUAGUCUCUCUGGCGCUGUUGUUGUUCUUAAGUCUUGUGAGGAUUUACUUCCUCUUGCAGAUGAACUUAAUAUCGUUCAACGAUGCAUUGAUGUAAUAAGCAUCAAGGUUUGUAAAGAAGCGAAUUUCCCGAGUAGAUCGCCGGCGAACUGGUGGACAGAGGAGCUUUCGAUCGUUGAUGUAGAUUUAUUCGAGAAGAUCAUAGUAGGAUUGAAGUCUCGCGGCGCGAAAUCACUAACCCUAGCCAGUGCAAUAAUAACCUACGCCGAGAGAUCGCUUCGUGAUCUUUUAAGAGAUUCAGGGAAGAAGAAAUCGUCGGAAUCCGUAAACUCAGAACUCCGGAUUCAUCAGAGAAAGGUUCUUGAAUCGAUUGUAACUCUUCUUCCUACAGAGAAAUCAACAGUUCCGAUCAAUUUCCUCUGUUGUCUACUCCGAACAGCUAUCUACCUAAAAUCGGCGAGCGGUUGCAGAAGCGAAUUGGAGAAACGAAUAUCUACAAUCUUAGAACAUGUAACUGUAGACGAUCUCUUAGUUCUUUCCUCCACUUACGACGGCGAUCGAAUGUCUGAACAUGAUAGUGUAAGAAGAAUCAUAUCUGGAUUCGUUGAGAAAGAGAAAAGCGUAUCUGUCUUCAACGGAGGCGAUUUUAAAGAACUUUGCUCGACGGCAAUGCAACGUGUAUCGAAAACAGUCGACGCUUACAUCGGCGAGAUCGCCACUGAUGAAGGAUUGAGCAUUUCGAAAUUCAAUGGAAUCACGAAUCUUGUACCUAAGGGAGCUAGAAAAGUCGAUGAUGAUCUAUAUAGAGCUGUUGAUAUCUAUUUGAAGGCUCAUCCAAACCUAGAUGAAAUCGAGAGAGAAAAGGUAUGUAGUUCAAUGGAUGCAUUGAAGUUAUCAUACGAAGCUAGACUUCACGCUUCGCAGAACAAGAGAUUACCUGUUCAGGUUGUUCUUCAUGCACUCUACUACGACCAGCUUAAUCUGAGGAGCGGCGACAGUGCCAGGGCCGGCGAUGGCGGAUCAGAAGAAAGGAAGAAGAAGACACCAAAUCAAGUUCAGUCGGAUGUGACAUUGGUGAAGGAAAAUGAGGCGCUUAGAGAAGAAUUAACGAGGAUGAAGAUGUAUAUAACUGACAUGCAGAAAGGAUCAUCAUCAUCAUCGAAACAACAACAACAACAGCAAGAUCAACCGAGUAGUAGUGUGAAGAACAAGGGGACGUUUUUCUCAUCUGUAUCGAGGAAGCUGGGGAAAUUGAAUCCUUUUAGAAAUGGAUCAAAGGAUACUUCGAAUAUUGAGGAUGAUGAUGAUGUUGUGAAAGUGAAACCUAGAAGGAGGAGGUUUUCAAUCUCUUGAUCUUUGUGCAAUAGUGUUGUAGUGUUGUAAAUCUAUUUGAGAUAUUUGGUGUGUGUUUUAUUUUGUUGGGAUUCAUUAUUUAGUUGGGUGAUUUAGUUUCUUGAAUUAUGUAAUAUCUUUGGCAUAGUAGUGCAUUUAUGUUA